AGAAAAACUUGUAUUUAUGAAAAAUGGAGACCGUACGUCCAUGUGGUUGUAAAGGGAUUCGUACUUGCUUGAUUUGCGAAGAACAAUUUAACAUAACAAAGCCAGAUUUAAAAGAAAAGUUACAAGAAAAAUCCUCUUACGUUUAUUGUCCGUAUUGUAAUAAAGCAUGGGCUGGAUGGGAUAUAGAAUUGUAUAAACAACAUCCUCAUCAUAAAGGACAUGCGAUAGAUUAUCCAGGUGUUUUUAUUAAACUUGAUUUCUUAAAUACAGAAGAGACAUUGACUUUGAUAAAAUCACUGGACGAAUUACCGUGGGAACCAUCGCAAAGUGGUAGAAGAAAACAAAAUUUUGGUCCAAAGUGUAAUUUUAAAAAACGAAAAUUACGUUUAGGUACUUUCAAUGGAUUUCCACAAUCUACAGAAUUUGUACAAAAGAAAUUCAGUGAAAUUCCACUUUUAAAUAAUUUUAAGACGGUAGAACAAUGUACUCUUGAAUACAAUCCAAAACGAGGAGCUUCUAUAGAUCCUCAUAUAGAUGAUUGUUGGAUAUGGGGAGAGCGUAUAGUUACAGUUAAUGUGUUAGGUGAUUCUGUAUUAACAAUGACACCUUAUACCGAAUCGAUUAGACGUUACAAUUUAGAUUAUGUAGAAAAUUAUUCUUCUAAAGUUGAUAAGAAAAUAGGAACACAGCAAGACAUAGUAAUACGUUUGCCUAUGCCAGCAAAAUCAUUGAUGGUUUUAUACGGACUUGCGAGAUAUAAUUGGGAACACUCUGUGCUUCGAGACGAUAUAACAUCAAGACGCGUCUGUCUUGCUUAUAGAGAAUUAACUCCACCAUAUCUUGAAAAUGGUAAACAUGAAAAGGAAGCAUCAGAAAUCCUUGAAAAAGCAACCAUUUUUUGGUAACAACUAAAUAGUACCACUGAUAUCAUGUUUGCACAAUUUUACUGUAAUGCAAUCCAUUGCAUUUUUACCAUUCCAUUUGAAAUAUCGUGCAGUAUGAAAUAUAACCACAAAUAGAACAAAGGAAGCGUUGAAGACAAAGCAGCACGAUUGAAAUAAAAGUUUUACAGUGGAAUUUUGAUACAGUAUGUAUCAAUUCUUAUAUUUUUUUUUAUCCAUCUCUUUACUUCCUUACAAACUAAUGCAUGAUGGUAUAAAAAUGAGUAAGUUGUAGAAAAAAAUUUAUUCACGAAUUAAGUACAAUAUUUCUUAUACAAGAACACCAUCAAAAUUUUAAUAUUAUAAUAAUAAACAAUAUUUUCCCAUAACAGUUCUUUAACUUUAUGCAAUAAUACUGUUACAUUUAAAGAAGUUUUAUCGGCAAAAAGAACGUAGAUAUUAUGAAAGUGAAAUAAUUUUAACGAAUAUUAAUUUGCAAUAAAAAUUCUAUUCUCUUUCUAUAUAUUUACAAUUCGUGUGAUUCAAAGUAAAGGGUGACUUUUAUUCUAUUAAAUUACUUAAUAGUCUACUAUUAAAUAUAAACUUUGGUAUCGCAUUAAAUUAAUCUCACGAUGAAACGUGAGCCUGGGAAAAAUAUAUGCGUAAUUAUCAAUUAUUAAAAUACUUGUUAAUUCUUAACAAACAAAAAAGUUGUAAAAUCUGAUAUAAUAAUGAUCAAUCGAACUUUGUACAGUGCUACCGCUAGAAAUUGUAUUUGUAUAAGUUUUCAUUGAUCUUACGAUUUCAAACAAAAUUAAAAAACAAAAAAAAAAUAAAUAAA